AAAGACAACCGCGAAAGCAAACGCAGCGCCACCUCCGCCGUACAAAAUCGCCCAAGCCCGCUUGUCUUUUCUCUCUCUCUCAUGGAAGGCGUUUCCAAAACCCAUUUCACAGCCAAAAUGAAACCCUAGAUCUUGUCCAAUGGGCACUUGGGUCCCUUUCUCUGGUACAUUAUCCAAGCGCCUGGUAAUUGAAGAAGAUGAGAAUACUCCUCCGAACCCGAAAUUGAUGGAGUUCCGGUUCGAUAAGGUGUUUCCGGUUUACGCUAUGGGGGUUUUGAAGCCCGACCCGGAUCCGUUACUGGCCGUACUCAGCUCAGGCUCUGACUUGGAUGACCCGAUAUGGGAUGCUGUGAGAGAAGAGGCCAAGUUAGAGGCAGAGAAGGAGCCAAUUUUAAGCAGCUUUUUAUAUGCCAGUAUUCUGUCACAUGACUGUCUUGAACAAGCAUUGGGCUUUGUCCUUGCCAAUCGACUUCAAAGUCCUACACUCUUGGCGACCCAACUGAUGGAUAUUUUUUGCAAGAUUAUCAUGGAUGAUCGCGGCAUUCAGCGUUCAAUUCGCCUUGAUGUGCAGGCAUUUAAAGACAGGGAUCCUUCUUGUUUGUCAUUCUGCUCGGCUCUCUUGUAUCUUAAGGGUUACCAUUCUUUGCAAACAUAUCGGGUAGCACACGCUUUGUGGAACCAGGGACGCAGAGUGCUGGCAUUGGCAUUACAAAGUCGAAUUAGUGAGGUUUUUGGAGUUGACAUACAUCCAGCUGCUAAAAUUGGAGAGGGGAUAUUGUUGGACCAUGCUACCGGUGUAGUUAUUGGGGAAACUGCUGUUAUAGGAAAUAGAGUUUCACUAAUGCAGGGUGUAACCUUAGGAGGCACUGGGAAAGAAAUAGGUGAUCGCCAUCCAAAAAUAGGCCAAGGUGCGCUUAUUGGAGCUAGUGCUAAUAUACUGGGGAAUAUAAAAAUUGGUGAAGGUGCAAUGAUAGCUGCUGGUUCCCUUGUAUUGAAGGAUGUCCCUCCACGCAGCAUGGUGGCAGGAAUACCAGCAAAGGUCAUUGGUUAUUAUGUAGACGAGCAAGAUCCUUCUCUAACAAUGAAACAUGAUGCUAGCAAAGAGUUUUUUGAACAUUUAACCGUUCAUCGUGUAGAAGGGAGAUCUUCUGGUGCAUGGGGCCAGAAUGAAUCGACGGGGCAUUAGUGAAGUUGAGGAUGUUCGUCGCGUAUGCAUUUUCCACUUGCUUAAGUGGGGAAAAUUUAUACUCUCCGCAUAUCGAGCACGUUUGAUACAAAUAUCCAUAUGUAGAUUCUGUAGGUCAUUUAAUCAUUUACAGUCCCUUGUAAUUUUGCACUGCUGAAUUUCUCAAAUGAGAAGCACAAAUUCAUGAAA